UGCUUACUUCCGAACAAUCGUCAAUUCAACGCGUGUCAAAAUGGCGAAAAAGAAAGCAGAUGAAAAAAGUAAUUCAAACGACGAUGAUAGUAAAAAUGAAAACGAUUACUCUUCGAAUGACGAAGAACCGAACUUCAGCGAUUCCGAUGAUUAUGUCGACGACAUUUCGGACGAAGAGCUUUUGGGUGAUAUCCUGAAGACGAAACCCAAGGAAACCGACGGUGUCGAGAGCGUCAUAGUCGUAGAUGGCGUACCCCAAGUAGGCCCCAACAGAAUAGAAAAGCUAAAGUCUGUUAUAAACAAAAUCUUCGCCAAAAUCGGUACGAUAGUAAGCGAGUACUAUCCCGUCAACCAAGAUGGCCACACGAAGGGCUUCAUUUUCAUCGAAUACCAAACGCCUGCGCACGCCGCCGAAGCCGUCAAACUCAACAACUUCAAGCUCGACAAGCAGCACACCUUCCAGGUGAACCUGUUCACCGAUUUCAACAAGUACGAUAAGAUACCGGACAAAUGGGAGCCGCCGGAGCCCCAACCCUACGAGGGACAGAACGAUUUGCAUUACUAUUUAUUGGAUUCCGAUGCGUUUGAUCAAUUCGCCGUGGUAUCCGGUUUGGGACAAUUCGUCCAGAUUUGGCAGCACUCCCAACCGGAUCCCACCGUUGUAGAGGAUAGACAUAGCUGGACUCAAUCGUACAUUAAAUGGUCUCCAUUGGGUACGUUUUUGGCAACGUUUCACAAGCUGGGUAUAGCGCUUUGGGCUGGUCCUAAAUUCGCCCAGUACAGAAAGUUCGCUCACGCCAACGUCCAAUUCAUCGAUUUCUCGCCGUGCGAAAAGUAUCUGGUUACUUAUUCGCCUCAAGGUGAUCCGGAUCAUCAGAAGAUUAUGAUUUGGGACAUUAGGACCGGAUUGGAGAAGAGAACGUUCCAGCCGGAAGGUCCGACCGCUUGGCCGAUCUUCCGUUGGUCGCAAGACGACAAGUAUUUCGCCCGGAUCGGCUCCAACAACGACGCCCUGCAGGUCUACGAAACUCCAUCGUUCGGUUUGCUCGACAAGAAAUCGAUCAAAAUCAGCGGAAUCAAAGACUUCAAUUGGUCGCCGACCGACAACGUCAUCGCCUAUUGGGUGGCCGAAGACAAAGACGUGCCGGCCAGCGUGACCCUGUUGGAAUUGCCCAAUCGAAACGAAGUCAGAAAGAAGAAUUUGUUUAACGUGGCCGAUUGUAAAAUCCACUGGCAGAAAUCGGGUGAUUUCUUGUGCGUGAAAGUAGAUAGGUACUCUAAAGUUCGUAAAGAGAAAAACGAAACCAAAUACUCUGGUAUGUACUGUAAUUUCGAAAUAUUCCACAUGAGGGAGAAGCAAAUACCCGUGGACAGCGUGGAAUGCAAGGAGCCCAUACAAGCUUUCGCUUGGGAACCGAUCGGUUCAAAAUUCGCGAUGAUACACGGCGAAUCGCCCAACAUCAACGUCAGUUUCUACGAGGUGAGAGUAGGACAGGCGCCCAUAAUUCUAAAGAAAUUCGACAAGAAGGCGUGCAAUCACCUGUUUUGGGCGCCCAGCGGUCAAUUCAUCGUGCUGGCCGGUCUCGGUUCCAACGGAGGAGGUUCACUAGAAUUCGUCGAUACGCACGAAUUUCUCAUUAUGAAUACCACCGAUCACUUCCAGAUGUCCGACGUCGAAUGGGAUCCGAGCGGCAGAUACGUUAUGACUGGAGUGUCAUUUUGGAAAACCAAAGUCGAUACUGGUUAUUGGAUUUGGUCGUUCCAAGGUAAGAUCCUGAAGCGCAUCAACAUGGAGAAAUUCGCUCAGUUCCUUUGGCGUCCGAGACCUUCCACUCUUCUCACCGAUGAGAAACAGAAGGAGAUCAAGAAGAACCUGAAGAAGUAUUAUCCGCAAUUCGAGAGCAAAGAUCGCAUGCGACAGUCGAAGGCUUCCAAGGAAUUGAUCGAAAAACGGGCCGCCCUCAUGGAGAAGUUCGCCGUUUACAGGGAUUCCCGUAUUCAGGAGUACAUGGACAGCAAGGCUAGACGUUUGCAACUUAGAAACAAUGUCGAUACUGAUGAGUUAGAUGCUGAUUCGGACAACGUUGAAGAGGAAAUAGUUGAAUUCUUUGUAAAGGAAGAAAUCACGGUGGUCGAUUAGUUCAUUUGUGAGUAAAUGGUGUUUCGCCCUUUGUACAUUAACGUCGAAAAUUACAACUCAGUACGUAUAAAGGGCGUUUUUAUUGAAAGUGAAUAAGAGACUGUAUUUUGUUUGAAUUACACUUUUCUCGUUGAAUUGUUACGAUAAUAUCGAGGUUUUAUAUUUUUGACACGCCGCUUUGCCAUCUCUUCUAUAAUAUGUACGUUGUUAUCAAACUCCUUCUGGUUAGACAAAUAAAAUAUUUCAUAAUGAAUGUAAAUUUUUUAGAAUCUUUCUACAAUACCCCUUGUUAUCUCGUUUAGUACUUAUAGUUCUGGACCACUUUUAACU